UGAAUUUAACACGGCAGAGGCAGAAGCAUCACUCCAGUCGGAACACUACAAGUCUUUUUCUCACAGAAACGUUUCCAGUCACGAAAACAACACUUGAGUCAUGUGUGGGAUCUUUGCCUACCUGAAUUACCGAGUGCCUCGCACCAGAAAGGAGAUAUAUGAGACGCUGGUGAAGGGACUGCAGAGACUGGAGUACAGAGGGUACGAUUCAGCAGGCAUCGCUGUGGACGGCCCUCAGAAGUCGGCCAAUGACAUCAACAACAACAACAUCUGCUUGUUCAAGAAGACCGGGAAGGUCAAGGCCCUGGAUGAGGAGCUAUACAAGAAAGACUCACUGGACCUGGACGAGGAGCUGUACACACAUUUCGGCAUUGCUCAUACGCGCUGGGCCACACACGGAGAGCCGAGCGCUGUCAACAGCCACCCACAUCGAUCCGACAAGGACAACGAGUUUGUAGUCAUCCACAAUGGCAUCAUCACCAACUACAAAGAGCUGAAAGCAUACCUGAUAAACAAAGGAUAUGAGUUUGAGUCAGAGACGGACACAGAGGUGAUCCCCAAACUCAUCAAAUAUGUUUACGACAACCGAGAGAACGACAGCAUCACCUUCUCCACCCUGGUAGAGAGGGUUACUCAGCAGCUGGAGGGGGCCUAUGCUCUGGUGUUUAAAAGCCGUCAUUUCCCCGGGGACGCUGUCUGCACCAGGAGAGGAAGUCCGUUGCUCAUUGGUGUGCGAAGUGAGCAUGAGCUGUUGACCGAAAACAUCCCCGUGCAGUACAACAGUUCUCACAUCAAGGAGGGAGUCCAGGAGAAGAACAGCCAUAAUCGUCCAGACUGCUCCAACGCCAUCAACUCUGUGGGAGAUGGCAGGCCUGUGGAGUAUUACUUUGCCUCUGACGCCAGUGCCAUCAUUGAACACACCAACAAGGUGUUGUACCUGGAGGAUGAUGACAUGGCAGUGGUGACCGGCGGGAAACUCUCCAUCCACAGGGUGAACCGGCAGGCUGGUGAGGAUCCAGUGAGGGCGAUCCAGACACUGCAGAUGGAGCUGCAACAGAUCAUGAAAGGUAACUUCGAUGCCUUCAUGCAGAAGGAGAUCUUUGAGCAGCCGGAGUCAGUUGUCAACACUAUGAGAGGACGGAUUUGCUUUGACACAGACGCAGUGAUUCUCGGUGGGCUGAAGGAUCACCUGAAAGAAAUCAAAAGGUGCAGACGGCUACUCGUGAUUGGCUGUGGCACUAGCUACCACGCUGCAGUGGCUACAAGACAAAUCCUGGAGGAGCUGACGGAGCUGUCUGUCAUGGUGGAGCUGGCCAGCGACUUUCUGGAUCGCAACACACCUGUUUUUAGAGACGACGUUUGCUUCUUCAUCAGCCAGUCAGGAGAGACAGCAGACACUUUAAUGGCACUGCGCUACUGCAAGGAACAAGGUGCUCUGACAGUCGGUAUCACCAACACUGUUGGCAGCUCCAUCUGCAGAGAAACAGACUGUGGAGUCCACGUCAAUGCUGGGCCUGAGAUAGGAGUGGCUAGCACCAAGGCCUACACCAGUCAGUUUGUGUCCCUCGUCAUGUUUGGCCUGAUGAUGAGCGAGGACAGGCUCUCCCUACAGCAGAGAAGACUGGAGAUCAUCCAUGGCCUUAAGAUACUACCUGAUCUGAUUAAGAAGGUGUUGGAUCUGGAUAAGAAGAUCAAGGCCAUCGCUGAGGAACUGUUUCAGCAGAGGUCUCUUCUGGUCAUGGGCCGGGGUUACCACUAUGCCACCUGCCUAGAGGGGGCGCUGAAAAUCAAGGAGAUCACUUACAUGCACUCUGAGGGCAUCCUGGCCGGAGAGCUGAAGCAUGGACCUUUGGCACUUAUAGACAAAGACAUGCCGGUCAUCAUGAUCAUCAUGAGAGACGCCUGCUACACCAAGUGCCAGAAUGCUCUGCAACAAGUCACUGCAAGAUCGGGUCGGCCCAUCAUCCUUUGUUGCCAGGACGACCCUGAGUUGAGCAAGAACGCCUACCACACCAUCGAGCUGCCGCACACAGUGGACUGUCUGCAGGGCAUCCUCAGCGUCAUCCCCCUGCAGCUCCUGUCCUUCCACUUGGCCGUCCUGCGAGGAUAUGACGUUGACUUUCCCAGGAACCUGGCCAAAUCUGUGACCGUGGAAUAAUUCUUCACAAAGCACAGGAGAGGAGAACGGAGGCUCUUAGAUUUACAGUGCAAUUGAACGUCCAGUAUGUUUGAGUGUGUGUUUGUGUGUGUGUGCGUGUGUGGAUGAGUGUGAGUGAGAGUGAAAGAGAAAUAACGCGACAGAUGAAAGAGGGAGGUAUACGGUACAUUGAUUUUUUAUUUUUUUUAAAGAGAGAAAUGUGAAUUCCGACCAAUACACUGCUGAGAAAGUGCCAUCGAGGCCUCGUGGAACAAUCUAUGAAAACAAAAUUUACACAUCCAAAGCAACUAACAUGCUGUGCCUUUUUAUUACCGUGACAUGAGCCAAAAAUACACACAAGAAGGCUUCACAGAAAAACAUAAAAAUGGUGUAUUGAAGUGUUUACAGUUGUGCAAUAUGGGGACCAAAUGUGCAUUAUGUAUGUACACAGUCAUGAAUGAGGUGAUUUAUUUUUUUAUGCUUUAUGAAUUGUUUAUGUCUGUUGGGAGCAUCUUAUCUCUCUUGGCAUAAUGGGAAAUGUAGGAACUAAACAGUUUUAUUCCAGUGCUUGUUGGGCCAUUAAUCCAUAACUUCAAUAUUUUUCUGCCGAAGUUAUCAGAAGGAAGUUUCUGAAUCUGACUUUCACAUAAUUACUUGAUUCUUUGGUCAUGUUUCUGCUCCAUUUUAUUGUUAUUCUCAUUUAAAUUUAAAAAAAAAAACCAAACAAACAUUGUAUAUCUAUUCUGUUCAUAGUAGAACAUGACACUAUUUUCCUUAUCCCUGGAACAUUUCCAUAGACAUACAUACCAAGAGCAAAAAUAAUGUACCGUGACUUUCAAUAAUACUUGUUUUGUCUGCAGUUUGUAUGGGUUUAUGAUAAUGAUAAUAUUCUGUAUUUAUCUGAUUUUUUUAUUUUAUAGGGGUUUAAGAGAGGGUUUGAUUUAUAUCUUUAACUGUGAUUGUAUUUUAUACUGUAUGUUUUAUAGACAUAAGCAGGCACUAUCAAUCAAUAAAUAAA